GAGAUAUCCAGAACGGUGUCAAGCCAAACAGUGAACCCGUCUUCCAAGCUUUCGAGUUUUCAGCCCCGGCCCCGCGGGUCAGAAUCUGCAAUGCAGGAAAACGCAGGAAAACCUUGUGAAGAAAGUCAAUCAAGCAAGCGAGGCGUCGUACAUUCCCCUCCUUUGAGCCGCCAUGACAGGGACUGCAAACACCGGAGCUGCCAAGCAUGAGCAUCACCUCCAGGUGAAAAAGGGAGCGGUCCGGCUCGAGAGGCACUCGGGCUCUGCCUAUUAUGGCUCACCCAAGAAAGAGGGGUAUGGCGGAUGGGGAAAGGCCGGUGAGGAGCUGGACGGGGUAGACACAAUCGACCCCAGGGACCCGAAUUAUGACGAUGAUGCCGAGGUGGCAAAACAGCAUCCCAAGCAUGAUCAGAAAGCCCCUGUCGCUGAGAAAGCGAAGUGAGGGAGUCAAAGCAGGACGUAGACAGCGCAAGGCGUAACUAACCUGGCAGCAUUGCUUGCUCAAUGCUUGCUUCGAAGCAUCGGGUCUAACACCAUAUGCAGCACUUGAGAGUUCAUGUAGAAGCAGGUACUGCCAGUGACAACAAUUAAGUAGAGUGAGUGUGCUGUUGUCCUAGUCCUGUACGCUGUACCAUAUGGGCACAGUGUAAUCUUGCAUGAGGGUGGGCCAGGUUAGUUGACGUAAUUCAGUAGGAGUGUACUUGUACCGUUCCUGUAGUCGAUGUGUAUUGCGUGUGCCAUAGAGGACAGUCUUGUUGAAUGAGGACUAGUGUUGUUGAGUAUCCAGGACUAAGUAGCUGAAAAGGAACGGAACAGGGACCUUUCCCUUAGGACAUGCUGUAGUGUUAGCUUCAGUCCCUCAAGUGUUUUUGGAACAGUGCAUAUGAAGUCCGGUCGCAAAGUUCUGUCAUCGAAGCUCCCCUUCAGGUGAAAUUAAUGCUUGUUGAUUGGUGAAUCUAAGCAAGCAAUCCCCGCAGUUGAUGAUGCA